AUGCCAUCACAUCCCACGGCACCCUCUCCGUCUGCGGGGAGCGCAACCACGUCUCCUGAUGUCCGAAAUGCCAAGCGACAGAAAGUGACAAGAGCUUGCGACAGCUGCAAAAGUCGGAAAAGAAGAUGCACAGGGGAUUUGCCAUGUCGAGUCUGCCUCAAUAGUGGAGCAAGUUGUACAUAUCUAGCAUCUUAUACAAGAGGUCGCUUUGUGCGGCCUCAAUCUGUCGGAGACAACCCAGUAUCACCCGGUGCCGUUACACCGAGCAUAAACUACAUUCAACGUGUAGAUGACAAUGAUACUACUGCCGGAGCCUCAAGAGCAGUAUCUCCCGAAGCAGCAGGAUCCGCUUUGACCACUGGACAGUACUCAGGUCCAACAUCGUCAUAUACGUUCCUUCGCAGGGCCUGGAAGCGAUUCAGCCAUGAUGCAGGCGGUACAAUCGACACAUCGAAAGGCGUGCCUACAGAGCAGCCUGUCCCUUCUACGAACGUCUCGAUCUUUGCUUUUGGAGAUCGCUUCGCUCCUCAAGUGGACGUCAGGGAUUUUCACCUUCCAGAGCGAACAGUAGGAGUCAACCUGGUGGAUCAGUAUUUCGAUCUAGCAAUGCCGACUUAUCGAUUCUUCCACCGACAGACGGUCUUGCAGUGGCUGGAUGCCUACUACCGACAGGAAGAAGCGGAAGCUGAUGGUGAGCACCUUUUGCCAGCCCGUCAGGCUGCAGUGCUCUUAAUCUUGGCUACAUCUUGGGUCUUCAACGAGAUGAACGAAGAUAGAAGCCUUCCUUUUGCAUCGGGAGAUGCGUGGUGCGAGAGCGAGAGCAUGUUUCGUGUAGCCCAGAACAAGCUGAGCGAAGAACGUGGCAGACCGACUUUGGAAAGCGUCCAAGCACGCCUAGCAAGUGUGCUAUAUCUGCUGCAGGUUUCCAGACCCAACCAGGCUCACUACUUAUUCGGAACGACAGUACAGUUGGCCAUGUCAAUAGGUCUCCACCGUGCUUCCGCGGGGUUCGUUGGGCAACAAGACCGCAUCACGAGGGAAUGCCGGAAGAGGACCUUUUGGGCAGCUUCAACUCUGGACACUUACCUUUGUGCGAUCCUUGGGAGACCUCCGCUGAUACACCUGGACGAUGUUGAUCAGAACUUCCCCGAUGCAAUCGACGAUGAGGAUCUCGUCGAAAGGGAGAUUUCUCUAGGUGGACAGCCUCCGCGAGACAGUGUUAUCCAAGCGUCUAUAUGCCACGCUCAGAUAGCGCGAAUUGUCAAGAGAGCAUUCCGCGACCAGUAUUCCGUGCAUCGCAGAACGGCAGACCAGAAGCUCGCCAGUGUCAUCCAGCUGAACGCAGAGAUCAAAUCGUGGCAUGCGUCCUUACCCAUCAUUCUUUCCGGGACCAUCCGACCAACAAGUCUCGUUCCGGUAUUUCGUAGACAGGUUGCAGUACUGGAAUUAGCUCACUCACAUGCCCGAAUGCUCAUCAAUCGUCCGAGUUGUCUCCUGGAAACGACACAAGCGGAUGUUCAGCAGCUGCAGAUAGAUGAGUGUGUCUCGGCCGCAAAAUCGACAAUGGACAUUGUCUCUGCGGCCAGUUUGAGUAAGCACAAUGUACUGUGGUAUACCCAAUUCGUCAUGUUCAAUGCACUCUCUAUUGUAUACGUCUACCUGAUCGAGCGGAAACCUGGCAAUAGGCUAUACUUGACGCCAUCGAAAUAUGAUCUCGAAGACCUUCUCCGACAGGCAGAGAAUGUUCAGAAGCAUCUCAUCGAAGCUACUCAAGGAAAUGCACCAAGCUUAGGCUACGGUGUCGUGCUGGAAGAGCUGCUCCGAGAAGUGAAGCGCGUUGAUAUAGGGCCUACCGGGGAACGAUUGCACUCAAGCGAUGCAGUCGAUUCUUUGUCAAAUGACAGCGCACAUCCAGCGCAUACUUCCGUGGAGAGCUCUCUGGCCACCUGCAGACUAGAUAUGAUGGAUGCUUUCGCCGAAUUCCCGACCGAUGAGGACUUGUGGCUCACUCUGGACUCCUUUCCAUACGCUGACUAUGGUCAGCUACGCUGA